AUAAUACCAAGACCUCUGACAUCAAGAUCAAGAUCACGUGUUUAUUUUGCUAACCACUGCAUCGCUGAAAAGAUAAACCGUGUAACGCCAUUGAACAGCAGAGUGUAUGAAUAAGCACGAGAGAUAACUAAGUGGGGGAGAGCUUACGAAGCGACACAAAGCGAUACAGGUCAAAACCUCAAACGAAUACGUCAACAACACUCACAUAGUGCAAUGACAGCCUCAGAAAUGGAACCCCUGAAAAACAUAAUACAUGAAACUAUAGAAAAUCUUGAGUUGGCCCAGAGAGAAUUUACAGGAAAAACUGGACAACGUGCAGAUGCAGAGUUUUACCUUGAAAAAUUUUGGACUGAUAUCAAUACAGUGGCAAAGAAGCUGUCUUUUGAAUGCACAAAAGUCUGCAUUUGUUUUGCAAAGUCCCCAAUUCCAACACCUAGUGAGACUUCAAGUCUUCUGAGUGGUAUUGAGCAAGCAGUGAUCUGCCUUGUAUCAGUUUUCCAUAAGCUGCCACUCACCAUGGGAACUACUCUUCACAGCCAUAUUCAGUCUGAAGCUGUUAAAGCAGUUCAGGCAACCAAGAACCUCUUGGUGGUCAUUAAAAAUGAAGGGAGUAAACCACUGUACAAAUAUUCAACUGGUGUGGCUUGGGAGGGCUGCUGUCACCUUGAAAAUAUGCAGCUGGACAACAAGUCAGCGGUCUUGAUAGGAAUGAAAGCACAAAACAACAUGGUAGAUGAUGCCUUCAGAGAAAUUUCAGAGGCCCUUGAGGGAGAUGGGUGUGGCUGGAACUGUCCGACUGACGGAAGUGAGGACCUGGACAUGGAGGAUGAAAGCCACUGGACCGAUGAAGACAAGGCUCUUAUUGGUCCCUCUGUUAACCUCAUCAAGGCAGCCAAGAUACUGUAUAAACGACUGAUGACUGCUGUUGAGAAAAAUGGUUUGUGCACUUCAAUUGACAUGAUCAAGGAGCUGGACCAAGUGUUUGAAGACUGCGCCAGGAUAACAGGCCAGGUGGACGUGCUCGUUCAGGAGCUCUACCCACCAUUAUCUGUGUCUGAUAUGGAGGAACAGUCACAUCAGCUGGCCAACAUACUUCACACAGUCCUAAAAACCUGUGUCCAGAGCCAUGUCGUUGGAGAGCCCGAGCAGCCUCACAUGGAGUUCAUCCAAAAGGCUAUUGAUCACAAUUUGGAUUGUAUGAAAGAUAAAUUAAGUAAAAGAUAGGACUGUGAUUUCAGAAAAUAAAUAAAGUAAUUGUAUGUAAAAAAAAUACAGUAAACC